AUGCCGUUUCCAAUUGAUUCUUGCAAAAACAAGCAAGAAACCAACACAUCUUUAAAGAAUCUGUCAUUAACUCCUCCAAAAGACUUUGCCUUUGUGCAAGUCUCCUUUAUGAAGGAAUCGAAUGCAUCGACUUGUUUAUUGGCAAAUCCUUUUCAACAACCACUUUCUCAAGACUUGACUUUGGUCGAAUACAGAAAUGCAACCGUUUCCACUGUUUCAAAGAGUCACCAAAGUCGACAUGGAUGUACUUCUUCCUUAUCAUCCAUGCAUGGCCCAAAGAUCUCUUCCGAAGCAGAACCCUCAUCAUCGUAUAACACUUCCUCGAAAAGAUACAGACGUCGUCGAAUACAAGUUCCAGUGUUUCAUUGGACUCUCAAAAAGCAAAUACAUUCCACAGCAGGAGAGAUCUCUCAUGCUGAUUCUCCUCAAAAAGCAGGAGAACAUUCCCACAAUCAACUACCCCAAUAUAAACGUGAAUGGACAUCCGAGAAGGCUUCAAAAGAAGCAGAGAAGGUGCCAGAAGGAACCCUUUCCAAACGAAAAGAAUCCUCUCAGGAAGCUCUCUCGUUGAAGAACUCUCCUUCCAAUGUGAUGAUCCUACCAAAGAGAAGGAGAAGAACCAGCGUAUUCACCAUUCAUGAAUUAUUAGAUCCAUCAAUUCAUUGA